AAACCUGCAUUUCAUCUGCGUUCUCUCCGUCUGCACGGACAACAUGAUUCCCGUUCAUUUCAUUUUAAUUGUAUGCAUACAAAUGCAGGUAUUCGGACAUUUCUUUCAAGUUCAUUCAAGCAUAAGCGGAUCUGGUGAAAGUUCACUGUCCGAUGCAAACGAUGGCAGCACGAUUGAACAUCCGAGAAGUGCGGAGAAGUUGGGAAAUCCAACGCAAGACAAUGCAAACGAACCGUCGCACGCAAUCUUGCAGGCCGGUGCCGGUGCCAAUGACGUCAGCCAUCCAGUCGUGAAUUUAGGCCACAAGUCAUCCUCCAGAAACGCGAAGGGUUUCUGGAAUGCGUUCUUGUUCCGUGGGAAAUCUGACAGAUACGUCCUGCCCAUCAGGAACGUCGAGGUCCGUCAGGAAAAGUGUCGCGCGCUUACGUACUCUCAGAGGAUCUCCCACGAAAACUGUGAGACAUUGGAGAUAAAAAACAACGUUUGUUUCGGAAAAUGCGCCAUGACGGAAGACGGAAGUUCUCCUUGUCCUGUUUGCUCACCGGUUAUCAUUGCUUCCAAGACUGUAACACUGACAUGCGUGGACAACACAGAAGUUAUUAAAGUCGUUACUUUGAUAGAAAACUGUCGCUGCGAAACAACAGAAGAACAGGAGUCGCAUCACAACGGCCCAGUGCUGGUUGACCCACGCGUUGACUAUACCAUUCAAUCUGAUAAAUGAUCACAUUUGUUAUUGGAUUAUCAUCAUUUAUGUCUG